UUGAAGCCAAUUAUAUCAAGAAAAAUUAUUUAAAAAAAAUGUAAUCAAACAGCACCUAUAAUUUUUCAAAAAUAAAUAAAAACAAUCAAUAUUGCAAAAUCUAUUGUUGUAGCUUGUUUGUUCAAAAAUAAAUGCUAGUCACCCUAGUGGAAGGUGGGUAAAGAAUGCAUGAUGUUACGUCCGGCUAAUUGCGCAUGGUUUAUUUCCUUGAGAAGAUUCGGCUCAACCAAUCUUCCUCCACCUUCUUCUCUCAGACCUGACGUUGAGAUCCUUCUCAAUACAGUGCGUGUGCUCGCAACGUGCGGUCGUCUUGACCAAGCACUUUUCCUCUUCUAUGCCAACAGAGAAACUCAUUGCGAUCAAAUCUACGCUUCUCUAUUCCAUGAAUGUGCGCGCCAUGGUUGCCUCAGAGAAGGUGUAUCGCUGCACCACUACAUGGUUGGUCACAGCCCCACCACCCCUCUUAACCUUUACGUUACCAAUCACCUUCUCAACAUGUACUGCAAAUGUGGCUACUUGGAUUAUGCGCACCAGCUGUUUGAUAAAAUGCCUGAGAAAAACCUUAUUUCUUGGACUGCUCUCAUCUCGGGGUACGCACAAUGUGGGCAGAAAGACAAUUGUUGUAGGCUUUUUUCGAGAAUGCUGUCAGAAUAUCGUCCGAAUGAGUUUGCAUUUGCAAGUGUGCUAACUUCAUGUGUUGAAGGUUAUGGUCAAUUUGGGCUGCAGGUCCAUGCUCUUGCUUUGAAAAUGUGUCUGGACGCAUGUACUUAUGUUGGGAAUGCUCUUAUUACCAUGUAUAAAAGGAGUGGCAUAUGUGAUGGAACAAAUGAUGCUUGGACUGUGUUUAAGUUGAUGGAGGAUCGAAAUACCGUAUCUUGGAAUUCAAUUAUUUCCGUGUUUCUGUUUCAUGGGCUUCAAGCUCGAGCUGUGGAUCUGUUUACUCAAAUGCAUAACAAGGGAAUUAGUUUUGACCGCACCACUCUUCUCAGCAUUUUUUCUUCUUUUUUAAGCAACGAUAGUGACACUGAUGUGUUUUUCAGAUUUUGUUUUCAAUUGCAUUGUCUUACUGUCAAAACUGGUUUUGUAUCAGACGUCAAGGUGGCUACUGCUCUAAUAAAAGCUUAUUCGGAUCUCGGAGGCAAGGCUGCCGAUUGUUAUAGGCUCUUCCUUGAGACAAGUUGUCAAUGGGAUAUUGUUUCUUGGACUAGCAUUAUAACAAUAUUUGCAGAACGGGAACCAGAGAAAUCAUUACUUCUGUUUUCUCAAUUGCGUCAAGAGGGUCUAGCUCCAGACUGGUAUACGUACUCUAUUGUCUUAAAAGCUUGUGCCGGCCUUGUGACAGAGAGGCAUGCCUCAGCAGUCCAUUCUCAAGUUAUUAAACUGAGAUUUGAAGGUGACACAGUUCUUGCGAAUUCCUUGAUCCACGCCUAUGCUAGGUGUGGUUCCAUUUCCAUGUCUAAGCAAGUUUUUGAUGAGAUUGAAGACCGUGAUAUCAUUUCUUGGAAUUCCAUGAUCAAGGCUUAUGCUUUACAUGGACAAGCUAGAGAGGCAUUACAACUGUUUUCCCUAAUAACCAUCAAACCUGAUCCCACUACCUUUGUUGCUCUCCUUUCUGCUUGUAGCCAUGCUGGGUUAGUAGAAGAAGGAAUCAAAAUAUUUGACUGUAUGCAUAGAACUUAUAUCAUUGUCCCUCAAGUUGAUCACUACGCCUGCAUGGUUGACCUUUAUGGGCGCGCAGGGCGAAUUCAUGAGGCUGAGAAACUUAUUGAUGAGAUGCCAAUGGAGCCCGAUUCUGUGAUUUGGAGUGCACUUAUUGCAUCAUGUAGGAAGCAUGGGAAUACUCAGUUAGCCAAGUUUGCGGCAGUUAAGCUAAAGCAAUUGGAGCCUAGGAAUUCAUUAGGCUAUGUGCAAAUGUCUAACAUACAGUGUCAUAGUGGUAAUUUUGAUGAAGCAGGUGCUGUGUGGAAUGAAAUGAAGGACUAUCGAGUGAGGAAGGAACCUGGAUUAAGUUGGGUUGAGGUCGGGAAUCGAGUUCAUGAGUUUGCCUCAGGAGGUCAACGUCAUCCAGACAGAGAGGUUAUAUGCAGCAAGCUUGAAAGACUAAUAGGGAAAUUAAAGGAGAUGGGUUAUGUGCCAGAGACAAACUUGGCCUUGUAUGAUUUAGAAGAGGAACAAAAAGAAGAGCACUUGUAUCAUCAUAGUGAGAAACUGGCGAUGAUGUUCUCUGUAAUAAAUGAAGGUCAUUUAAAUGCUCGUGGGAGUGUCAUAAGAAUUGUAAAGAACAUCAGGAUUUGCGUGGAUUGCCAUAAUUUCAUGAAACUAGCAUCAAAUCUUCUUCAGAGGGAAAUAAUGGUGAGAGAUUCAAACCGCUUCCACCAUUUCAAAGAUGGGAUAUGCUCUUGUAAUGACUAUUGGUGAGAAAACAGUUCCAGGCUAAGGAUGUUUCCUGGUGCUAUAUUCACAAACUUCGUCACUAUGGAUGGAUUGAAAUCAUCUUAUCGAUCUGCAAUGAAUUGUUGGAGCAGUUCUCUUUGAAUUAAGAAUGACCAACAUAUCAUCCAAGAUUGAGUACUAUAUUUAUCUGGUGGAUACUUACAUAAGUGGACUGUCAUAAAUUUUACAAAUUGCUUCAAUUUAAUGAUCAAACCAAAGGCAGCUAAGUCUGGUAAUUGAGCACCAAUACUUACAAUACACGUGGAGUUGAACGAGAGGAACUACAUUGUAUUUUAGUAGAGAGCUGGACCCAGCAUACUGGUUUGGAAGUGAAUAUAUUUUUGAGAGUGGACUUGGUUGGAAUUCGGAGAAUUUUUUAUAUUUCCUCAGAAACAUGCUCUUGUGUUUAAGAAUUAACAGUUAUCUACAUCAAUUCUUUUUCUUUCGUUGUACGAGCGAUACUGCUGGCUCCAACUUCUCAUAGCUAUGAUAACUUAUCAUUUAUUGAGAAUGAAAAAUCUAAAGAGAACUGAAGUCGCU